GGAGCGGGAGCGGGGCGGAGCGGCCAUCCGGGCACCAUGGCGGCGGCGGCGGAGGAGCUGGCGGGGCGGCGGGGCCGGGGACCGGAGCCGGGGCCGGGGCCGGGCAGCCCGGUGGGGCGGGUAGGGGGCGAGAGCUCGCCCGGGGGCGGUCGCCGCGUCUUCAGCCCCGCCGGGGAGUUCCGCGAGUUCUCCCGGCGGCAGCUCCGCGACAUGGAGCGGCUCUUCCGACAGUACGACGCGGGAAAGGACGGCUUCAUCGACCUGAUGGAGCUGAAGCUGAUGAUGGAGAAGCUGGGGGCACCGCAGACGCACCUGGGCCUGAAGAACAUGAUCAAGGAAGUGGACGAGGACCUGGACAGCAAGCUCAGCUUUCGGGAGUUCCUGCUGAUUUUCCGCAAGGCGGCGGCGGGGGAGCUGCAGGAGGACAGCGGGCUGCAUGCCCUGGCCCGGCUCUCCGAGAUCGACGUCUCCACGGAGGGGGUGAAAGGCGCCAAGAGCUUCUUCGAGGCCAAGGUGCAAGCCAUCCAUGAGGCCAGCCGCUUUGAGGAGGAGAUCAAGGCGGAGCAGGAGGAGAAGAAGAAGCAGGCGGAGGAGCUGAAGCAGAGGAAGGCGGCGUUCAAGGAGCUGCAGUCCACCUUCAAGCAGUGACGGGGUCCCGGCGCGGGGCCGGGCAGGACUGGUCUGCGAUGCCCGGGCCGGCAACGCUGCGUGUGCCGUGUGCCAGCCGUGCCGGGAGCGAUGCCGGAGCCGGGUGCCGACUGUGCCCGCCCUGAAGGCUGAGCUGCCGGCGGGCUCCUGGCCUGGGCUGGGCGCAGCGGUGGAGCCCGGUCGUCCCCGGCUUCCCUCCCCUUGCUGUGGUGUCUGUAGGUGUUGUUCGUGUCCCCUCCUGAGUCCCCAGUGUCCCUCUCCCACCCCGUCCGAGCUCCUCCCAUCCCGAGGGGCAGCAGCACCCUGUCCCCUGCCCGUGACGGUGCCGGGGGCUGCUGCUGCCGAAUCCUGGGGGCUCCGUGCCCAAGACAGUGGCUGUCCCCAGGGUGUCCUGGUGUCGUGCAUGUGCUGUGAGGGUGACAGGAGCCGCGGCGGGGGUUGCGGCAGCUGCGCUGGCUCGGUGCCCAUUGGCGUGGCUGCAUGGUGACAGAGAUCCCGGUCCCCCCCUCCCGCCGCCGCCUUCCCCGAUGGCUGUGCCGAAAGCUGGGCGUGCUGUAGGGCAGCUCAGCGAGCCCCCCACCGCGGUGCCACCUGUGUCUGCGUGUGUGUGUGACGGCGGGUGGCACGCUCAGGGCUGGGGGGCAGCCCCCACUGGCCCGUGUUUGUCUGUACGUUGGUGAAAGGCAGACGGAAAGGGCAGCUGCUGGCUCGCAAAGCUGUAUUUUUAUUUGUCGUGUCGUACUGAGCCCGGGAGGGCGCGUGUUGUGGCUGCGAGCGGUUUCUGUCGGUUGAUUGCGGGCUCCCGUGUUUGUGGGUGCUGUAAAGAGGCGC